CGCCUCAUGUCGUCGAUGUGCUGUGUGGUGUGUGCUGUGCAGGAGUCCUGCCAAGGUGGUGUGUCGAAGAGUGCAGAGUGCAGCUUCAGAUUCAAAUCUCAACGGCUUUCACUUCACUCACGCACCUUCCUCCUCAACCCUCACCACCCCCACCAAACCAAGCCAAGCAAGCCAAGCCAACCUACUUAAACACUUCAAACCAUUCAACAAUCAUCGCCAGCCCAGACGAACGCGGGUUCCAAUCCGAGAGCAAGUCGCCAGCCCCGUCGAACCCGGGUUAGCUCAACGGUAACGACGCAACACUAUCAGACACCGAAAAUCAUCACAACAUCAAUCAGUUCAAUUCCGGCGACGAGUACGGCUAAGGGCAAACCGUCUAAACCCUGAAAAUCCUGAUUAAAUUAUCAGGUAAAGAUGUAGGAAUUCAUUUCAAACGGGGUACUUGAAUUCCGAACUUUUUGCUGUUUUUUUGAUGAUGAUCUAUGGAGAAGUUGACUUUCUCUUCUUUUUUUUUCUUUCGUUGCGCGCGCCGUCAAAUCAUGGAUAUGAUGUUGGCUUGAUUUUUUGGGGGGCUUCGAAGACACUUUCCACUUCAUAUUUCUCCCAUUUUAUAACACCUGUCUUCGGUCUGAUCACCCGCUUCUGCCUCAUUCGUGUCGAUAAAAGCGCAGCGACAUCUCAUGAAUUUACUCCUGUCAUUAGCUCCAUCAGUGAGAGUGAUUACAGCUUAAUUUCUGCUCUCCACAGAGUAGCAUUUGAUAUGGUCAAUUCAUGCAUGCGUGUUAACUCAAAGAAAAAGUCAUGUCAUGUCAAGUCUUCUACGAAGUCCCGUGAUCGGGUCACUUCUUCAUGCGGUGGUGAUGACCAAGAUGAACCUCAAAUCGCUGCUGCCUUCCCUGGUCCGUUCCAACGAGUUCCAACUCCUGCUUUCCCUCGUCCACUCCAAAUUUUGCAACUCACUAUGUCUCUGAAGCUACUUUCUUGUCACCUUCCUACUGCCGGUCGUCGAUUUCCAUAGCAUCCUUCAAACGCCAUGGAAAUUUAUUGUCUGAUUGGAAUGGCGCCGUUACCAUUCUCCGCAGCAGAUGUGGCCGCUUGUGCAAUUUCCUCGCCGUCUUGCUCAUCCACACUCAUUCCUC